AGCGGGUUGCCCGUGGUGGUGAGCGUAACCUUCUUCGCCUCUGACUCGUGAAGUAACCUCCCCGUCAAUCGCAUACCUGCACAGUGAUACUGCGUUGUUGUGGAUCGGACUCGCAAUCAUCCCACGUGGUCUCGUUUAUUGUUUAUCCGACCCGUCUCGACCAAAACGUCCAAAAUGUGCAGCCGUGAUUCCUGCAGUGACGAGUCGACGAAGCCGAACGAAAAAAUCAACCUCGUAGGUGCGAGUUGCAGGAAGUGCACGACCGUCAAAGCCUCGGUGGUCCUCCAGGGCAAGUUCCCCUACUGCCGUCAAUGCUUCCUGGCUUACUUCUCCCACAAGUUCAACGCCGUUUUGGGCAAGUCGAAAAUAAUGAAGUCCGGCGACAAAAUCCUGUUGGCUUUUUCCGGGAGCCCAUCGUCCAUCUGCUUGCUCGACCUCGUCCAAAACUACAUCGAUGAAAGGAGGAGGAAAAAAAUAUCAACUUCGGCCGUUCUCUUGUACAUAGAAGAGGCAUUCCUAUUUGACAAAACACCCGAGGAAAGAUCAGAGCUUUUAAAUGAGAUAUACAACGCUCUGCUUCUAUAUGACUUUAAAACAUUUUACGCAUCUUACGACAGUUUCUUUGAUGAAGAAAUUAUGCUUUAUAAAAGCCCUUCGUCUCUUUUGGAUUCAACUGACAACAGUCGGAUGUCAAAAUUACUGGAGGACUGUACUACUGAUACAGCAAAAAUUGACCUUCUUGUAAAAGCAAAAAAUGAUGUCUUGGUAAAAGCAGCAAGGUGGUUGCAGUGCAAUAAAAUAUUUUUGGCCGAUACUUCAGACCAUAUCGCUGUUAAUGUUAUAUCAAAUGUCUCGCUUGGCAGGGGAAGUCAACUUGUCUCUGACAUCGGGUUUUGUGAUGACCGUUUUGGCGAUAUUUUGUUCAUUAGACCUCUUCAAGAUUGCUCAAAGAAGGAAGUUGCUUAUUUCAAUGUAUUCAAUGAUCUCCGUUCCAUUACGAUACCCAGUUUCGGAACAAAGGAUGACAAAUUUUCAAGCAUUCAGAAAUUAACAGAAACAUUUGUUAAUCAACUGAAGACUUCGUUUCCAUCCACUGUGCCCACUGUGGUUUCAACAGGGAAUAAAUUAACAGCUAGUGAGAAUGGGGACAAUAUUUGCCGUUUAUGUCAUGCUAAAGUCGAAAGCAACACAAAUGAAUUAUCCGCUCAGCAUGCCACCACUGUAUCGGGUCAGAUUUCGAACCUCGGCCCAAACGCGUUCGAAAGCAGCACCUUUGAACCUUUGGAAGAGCAAAGCAUAAGUGACAAAAACGGUUGUUGCGGCUCACCUGAAAACAACGUUUCACAGGAUCAACUCUCCGAAUAUCUUUGCUAUGGAUGCCGCCUGAUACUUAAAGAUUCUAAAAGCACGGAGAACUGGCCAUCAAUUAUAAAGACAAAUUCUGAAUCACAGAUUAAAGAGAUGGAGGAUGAAAUUAAAAAAUUUCUCAUAGAUUGAAUUAUCCUCCAGGCUGACAACACUACCAUGGAGAUUUUUUUUUAGAUUUUCCAUUCAGGACAACUAUGCUUAUUAGUUUCUUGGCUGUAUUUGUUAAUUCCAGGUCGAUCAAAUAUCCAAUUUGGGGAGAUUUCUUCUUGAGGUCUGCGGAGCGAUGGACCUGUUGUUUGGUCACCAUUUCUGAUCAACUUGGUCUGAAAGGCCAAAACAGUGAGAAUAGGGAAUA